GACACUCCACAUAACCUAACUUUUAAUACUGUAUGGAAUCAAUCUAACAAUAAAUUAAGAUAUUCUUGUGAAAGAUGGAAAACGAUGAUGAUCCUCCUCAACUUUCAGCUGAAACUUUUGCAGCUUUACAAGAAUUUUAUAGAGAACAAGACCAAAAGCAACAUUUACAAACAAUAUUAUCCGAUAACACUCCAGAUGAAAAUUGGCAAUUAAGUCAAUUUUGGUAUAACGAUUCUACAGUUAAUACUUUAUGUAAGAUAGCUAAGAAAAGUGUUCAAAGUGGAGAUAAAAUUGCAUUGAUUUCGUGUCCUACGUUGUAUAAAACGUUUAAAGAUGAAUUAAAUAAUUGUUCAGUACAUUUGUAUGAAUAUGAUAAAAGAUUUUCUUAUUGCGGUGAUGAUUUUAUUUAUUAUGAUUAUAAUAAUCCCUUAAAAAUUCCUAAUGAAUAUAAUGGUUAUUACGAUUUGGUUAUUGCUGAUCCCCCAUUUCUUUCUGAAGAAUGUCUUACGAAAACUGUUUCAACUAUGAAAUAUAUUGGAAAAGAAAAGUAUAUUUUAUGCACUGGUGCUAUAAUGGAAGAUUUAGCAAAUAAGCUAUUAAAAUUGACGAAAACCUCCUUUGAACCCCAACACAAAAACAAUUUAGGGAAUAAAUUUCAUUGCUACAGUAAUUAUAAUAUUGAUGACUUUUUAUAAAUCCUUAAAAAAUAAAUUCUUUUAAUUAUAAUCAGGAAAGAUUUUUAUUUUUAUUUCGAUAUGUCCAGACAUACAAUUUUAUUCACAUAUUUGAAUCUAGACUACUUUCAUUCUACUUUAUUUACACCUUUUUAACUAUCCAUUGUUAACAUAUAUUACAAUUUUUUUGUUAAAAAGAUAUUAUAAAAUUAAUAACAAUACAAUUCCUUUUGCAAGCCUU